UCACGUGAUCUUGUUGUCAUUUCGGCGUAGGGUAACAUGGAUGAUUUCGGCGGGGACCUAAUGGAUACCUGUGCUCCCUCGUAGAUCGUAGAGUUGAGAUCUGUCGCGAUCGGUGACGGCGACAAACGGGCACGGGACGAGGGUGUACUCCGUGCACUCUGCUGGCUCAGCGUAAUGCGUAGCGUAAUGCGACACCCACGAGUCUAACCGCGAAGCAUCGGUGAGUCUUGCGAAGCACUGAGCGCACUAAUCUUGAACACGAGGAUCUCCGUUACCUCCGACAAUGAGUGACAGCUGGGAAAGUGAUAGGACGUCGGAGAGGAGAUACGACCGAGGUUACGAUCACAGGAGAGAAGGCAGAAGGGAAAGGGACAGUCAGGUUUACAGACGCUCCAACAGAUCAUACGGGGAUAACUGGGGGGGGAGAAGUGACUCGAAUACCCAGGGUCAUCGCAAUGACUCGUACAGAAGGAGAGACGGCGGUAAUGACCGUGCGGACAGCAAUGAUGCUACGAACGCACUUGUUAUGCACAUCGACCCCAACAACAUUGGGAGACUUAUCGGGAGAGGUGGCAGCAAGAUUAAAGCCCUGCAAGAGGAGAGCGGUGCCAUGAUCAAUAUUGAUAAACAGCAGGACGGAAAUGGACAGAGUGCCGUGACGCUAUCUGGUUCGGACGAAGCGCAACAACGAGCCAAGAGCAUGAUAGAGGAGCUGUUAACCGAAAGAAAUAGUAUGCGGGGAAAUAUGGAAUCUGCGCGAACAAUGCAGUCCGAGCCCGAAGGGCCUCGAGAGGUCGACUGGGCUAAUUUUGAUUGGACUAAGGCUAAUGAAGAAUACGAGGAACGUCAGAAGGAAAAGUGGGCGAACUUGCCUCCGAUUAUAAAGAAUUUUUACAAAGAGGAUUCGGUCAUUGCUAAUAUGUCGGAGUCUAAAGUAGCUCGUAUCAGGGAGUCUAACAAUAAUAUAGAAGUACAGCAUGUCUUCAAGAACGAAGGGGGCGAAGACACGAAGAUACCAAAUCCUGUCGAGACCUUCGAGCAAGCCUUUCAGACGUAUCCAGACAUCCUUGGAGAAAUACGGAAACAAAAGUUUGAAAAGCCGAGCCCUAUACAAUGCCAGGCGUGGCCUAUUCUGCUGAGCGGCCAGGAUCUCAUUGGGAUAGCGCAAACUGGAACAGGAAAAACUCUUGCCUUUUUACUGCCCGCUCUGAUUCACAUCGAUGGCCAAGUGACUCCACGCAACGAGCGUCCUGGACCAAACGUCCUUGUCAUGGCACCGACGAGAGAACUGGCACUGCAGAUUGAAAAGGAAGUAGGAAAGUACUCUUACCACGGCAUCAAAGCGGUGUGCGUGUACGGUGGCGGAAGUCGCAAGGCGCAAGUAGAUCUUGUGGGGAAGGGUGUGCAGAUAGUAAUUGCGACUCCCGGAAGAUUAAACGACCUGGUUCAAGCAGGGGUAUUGAAUGUGUCGGCUGUGACGUACCUUAUACUUGACGAAGCAGAUCGUAUGCUGGAUAUGGGCUUCGAACCACAAAUUCGUAAGACUCUCCUGGGUGUUCGACCAGAUAGACAGACUGUUAUGACAAGCGCUACGUGGCCUGAGGGUGUAAGGCGCUUAGCUCAAUCGUACAUGAAAAACCCGAUUCAAGUAUUUGUCGGAUCACUUGACUUAGCAGCCGUUCAUUCUGUAACACAGAGGAUUUGUAUGGUUGCUGACGAAGAGGAAAAAAAUGAUAUGAUGCACCAGUUCUUCCGGGAAAUGGGCCCUUACGAUAAAGUGAUCGUGUUUUUCGGUAAAAAGUGCAAGGUGGACGAUAUCUCUAGCGAUCUAGCUUUAUCGAACAUCGAUUGCCAGAGUAUUCACGGCGACAGGGAUCAAGUAGAUAGGGAGCAGGCGUUAGAAGAUCUAAAGACUGGAGCCGUUCAGAUCCUUCUCGCGACCGAUGUGGCUAGUCGAGGAAUCGACAUUGAGGACAUUACACACGUACUGAAUUUUGACUUCCCACGGGAUAUAGAGGAAUACGUUCACAGAGUCGGCCGUACUGGCCGCGCGGGUCGAACGGGCGAGAGUAUCACUUUUAUGUCGAGACAGGACUGGCAUCACGCCAAGGGACUUAUUAACAUUCUCGAGGAGGCUAAUCAAGAAGUACCUGAGGAAGUAUACAAAAUGGCUGAGAGAUAUGAAGUCUGGAAGAAGAAAAAAGAUGCUGAACAAUCGUGCGUAAGAGGAUUCAGAGGUGGCGGUGGUAGACGCUAUCGCAAUUAAAAUGGCUAAUUAAUGUCAGUAAUUGGAUUACUUUGUGUUCAAUAUUCAGUACAACACAUUGUGAUACUAUUUUUAGCCCAUACAGUCUCGACAAUAUAACUCUCGGGACAACGCAGAAUAUUUCUUUUUUUUUUGGUUAAUUAAGUUAAUUAUAUGACUUAAGAUUUAUUACUUUUUAGUUUAAGUAUCUUAUGAGGUAUAAAUGUUAGAGUACGCUUGCAUCCUUGACAGUUAACAGAUUAAUAGGAUACAUUGUAGUAAUACUUAUCAACAUUAUUUUAGAUAGCAAAAGUAGCAAAAUAUAAUUUUGUGCCACAAAGUUUAUUAAACCAAUUAGCAUAUUUGAUUUUGUCUCCCACUUUGCAUAUUACAUAUUUUGUACAUAUGUAUAUAAAAUAUGUAAUUACGUAUUACAUUAAAUAUGUAGUUUAUGGUUUAAAUGGUUCAAAUGGCAUAUAUUUACAAUAUUUGAAUUUAAUUUGAUCAAUAAAAUAUAUUUUUUAAAAUUAAAUUAGUUCAUACUUUUUAUUAAACACAGAUUGUUUUAGGUAUAUAACACAUUUUUCAUUUUAAUAACUUGCGUUAAAUAUAUUAUUCAUAUGAACAGGAAGUAUGAAAAUGUGUAGCAAGAAUCUGGUAAAUUUGAUAAAUUAAAAAUGGUAUCACUAAAUAUGUUAA